CUGAGAAUGGUGCUAGUCAUCGCAACGAUGCUCAGCCUCGCCCUAGCUGUUUCGGGUAUCAAAGGCGAUAAGUUUUGCGGCAACUUGAUGUGCGUCGCGGCGAUCGUCAACGGCUCUACCACGACAUAUGGUUUGACGUCGCUGAAUCAGCUCGGUUGGAUGGCCAUGGGCUUUGGCCCCGUGAUGGCCAACACGUCCAUGGUCAUCGUCUGGCCGGACUCCGAUGGCACUAUAGUGAUGUCCCAACGAAAGGCCCCGGGCGAAGUCGAACCCUCUCCGGACCCCACACCUCUUCGAGGCGUCGCGACCCUACUGACACAGUCUAUCGAUCUUACUGAAUCCACACCAGUCGUGUCUUUCACCGUUGCGUCGAACUCCGACGCAAGCGAGGACUUGAUCUGGGCUUAUGGUUUCACCCCGGUUGACUCCUCAGAUCCGAAUGCGCACCUUCUCCAGCACCAGGAUGCGGGUAAUUUCACUCUGGAUUUGACGAAGGAUUUAGCGCCAACGUCCACGUCUGGAGCAACUGCGUCGUCAUCCACCAGUAGUCAAAAUCCUGCUCAAACAGGCUCCAAGUCUUCUGGCGGCUCAAACAUUGGCGUGGAUCGCUCUCCGAGAUACCGUGCGAUCAUGCUCGCUCACGCCGCUCUUUCCGCCCUGGGAUUCACGCUACUCCUACCCCUCGCCGGACUGGUAGCUCGGUGGGGUCGAGUAUAUACCCCAUACUGGUUCAAGACUCAUUGGUUGCUCAAUGUGAUCCUGGGCAUGCCAAUCAUCACCAUCGGGUUCAUACUCGCACCCCUCGCUGCGGCCGAACGCGGCGGGGCUCACCUGAAAGACGCGCAUCAGAUCGGAGGGGUCUUGCUUUUCUUGAUGUAUGUUGCCCAAUGCACGCUGGGUUAUUACAUCCACGCUCGCAAACCCAGAGAACGUGCUAGACAACAUCCACCACGCAAUAUUCUCCACAUUAUAUUCGGCCUGACUACCCUCGGCAUGGCUUUCUGGCAGGUA